AUGUACAACACCGCAACUGUAUUCUGGAAGACCCUGGCCGACGCAGGUGUCACACAUGCAUUUGUCAACUGGGGAAGCGACCACUCGGCGUUACUCGAGGACCUCGAAAGGCAGCGCGUGGAGGAAGGAAAGAGCUUGUUGGAGAUAGUAACAUGCCCGAACGAGAUGGUUGCGCUUUGCGCAGCGCAUGGGUAUUCGCAAGUCGCAGGGCUGCCAGCUGCAGUGAUUGUACACGUGGACGUAGGGACACAGGCGUUGGCCAGUGCUGUACACAAUGUCGAUCGUGGUCAGACACCAGUGCUGAUAUUCGCAGGAGCAUCACCAUUCACCAUAGAGGGCGAACUAAAAGGCUCACGUACUGAGUGGCCGUUGUGGAUCCAAGAUAUCCCGGAUCAGGCUGCUAUCGUACGACAAUACAUGCGAUAUACCGCCCAAAUAUCCAGCGGUGUUAGCGCUGCGAAGACAAUUAUGCGGGCUUUGCAGUUUGCGCAGAGUGAUCCAAAGGGCCCUGUAUAUCUUUGGGCGAGACGUGAAACACUGGAGGAAGAACUCGAUGCCUCCAUUGUACAGCAAGGCGUCGAUGUCGCUAGCUGGCCGCCCAUCACACCACCUGGUCUCGCGCCGUCAGCUGUCGACACCAUUGUGUCUGCUCUCAUACAUGCCGAAUUCCCUCUCAUCAUCACAGGGAACGUCGGACGCAAUCCCAACGCAGUACCCCUCCUCUCCUCCCUCUCAAACACGCUAUCCGUCGCGAUCGUCACGUCAUGCCCUUCCGCCCUCUGCAUCCCGCACUCGCACCCCUUCUUGGUCGGCUCUUCGUGGGACGGCCGCACCGCCUUUCUCAAGGACGCCGAUGUCGUCGUAAUCCUGGAAGCGGAUAUCCCAUGGAUGCCCGUCACGGGUACGCGACCUAAACGUGGCGCACGCGUGUUUGUCAUCGACGCGGAUCCGCUGAAGCAGAGCGUGGGAUACACCCACGUCGACGCGGAGAUGGUCUGUAAGACGGAUGCGGAGGUAGCGCUCGGGCAGCUCCUGGAGGCUGCUGGGCGGAAGCUUGACGAGCCUUCGCGUGCGAUAGUCGCUGGGCGCGCACAACGCUUGGAAUCGUUGCAUACCGCCUGGACCACCGACCUCGAUACUGCUGAACGGGCUCUUACCCCUGGUACGACGCUGCCGACAAUUCCCUACCUCCUGGGCGCGCUUCGGUCUGCGGUACACGAACAUACGCCUAGCAAAGGCCAAACCGUCCUAUGGUUGAAUGAAGGGAUCAGCAACGCUGGCUUCAUCUGGAACCAUAUUCAGCCCAACGCCCCCGGCAGCAUGCUCAUGUCAGGAGGGUCCAGCCUUGGAUACGCUCUCGGCGGGGCGAUUGGUGCGCACAUGGGGAGUGUCGUUGCUCAGAAGCAAUAUGACAUCAUCGUCGCAAUUGUAGGCGACGGGGACUUCUUGUUUGGGGCACCGAGUACUGCGUACUGGAUCGCAAGCCGGUACGAGACGCCGUUCUUGACGAUCGUGCUGAACAAUGGCGGAUGGCUGUCUCCUGGACGGUCAAUGACAGUCGUUCACCCACGAGGACACGGCGCGAAGGCUUCAGGCCAGCGUCUUACCACAAGCUUUGGGCCGAAGCCGCCGAAUUAUUCCCAGAUCGCUGUUGCUGCUGGGGACGCCUGGGGCCGUCGGGUUGAGGGUGCGUCGGAUCUACCCGUCGCCUUCUCGGAGGCGAUCAGAGUGGUCCUGGAGGAGAAGAAAUGUGCAGUCGUAGACUGCGUUCUCGAAUCGAUCUGA